GUGGGGCUACUUGUAUUCCUAUCAUCCUUCCCCGGGGCUUCAAAUGCUCGUAUAUUUUUGCUCUCAAGCUCCCCCCUCACUGCCCGUGUGCGUCGUUUGAAGCACCGGAGAGAGGAGCUGAUAGUGGCUUGUCCGACCUCCUACUAUUGGGCGUCAUCUGUGCCAUCAAACAUUUUCCGCCAGCUUUCUCAUUCCCUCAUUUGAGAUUUCGUCGGAAUGAGAGGAGAAAGUCUCUGGUAUAGAACCUAAGAGGAAGUCACCGGGUAAGGCGAAUGGUUGGAGACUUUUGGAUUCCUUGUUUUGGAAAUGUAUAUCGGUGAUGCCAUUUUCCAGAAAGACACAUGACUGUCAAGUUAGAGAGCAGAAACCACGUUUGUUUGGAUCCACACGGCACUAAGCUACGGAUGUAGAACUCAAAAUCGAUCUUUUUGCCGAGCAUAGAGUGAUUGUUUAUGGUCAAGACUAAACUCAUGUUGAUUAUACGUGGAGGAUAUCGUGGGUUUCGGCAGUUUGCGUCAUGACUUCCAGCUAUGCUCAUGUAAUGGACAGACAAGCUACGCUAACUAACCGACUGGAGAAUCCGAUCACCGCAAAUCAGGAUCAUUUACAGGCUAAGAAGAACUUUUCCGUGAGCCACCUGUUAGAUCUGGAGGAAGCGCGGGAGAUGGUGGGAGCUCAAGCGGAGGAGAGCGCAGCAGAGGCGGGCAGAAGUAUGCUGGAGUCUCCGGGACUGACCAGCGGCAGCGACACGACACAGCAGGACAAUGAGCAACUGAACUCAGAGGAAAAGAAAAAGCGAAAACAGAGACGGAAUAGGACCACGUUCAACAGCAGCCAACUGCAGGCUCUAGAAAGAGUGUUUGAGCGGACGCACUACCCCGACGCUUUUGUCAGGGAGGACUUAGCCCGUCGGGUCAACCUCACUGAAGCUCGGGUGCAGGUUUGGUUUCAAAAUCGGCGGGCUAAGUUUCGCCGAAAUGAACGUGCGAUGCUGGCUAGUAAAAACGCCUCGUUGCUCAAGUCUUUCUCAGGAGAAGUAACAGCCGCAGAGCAGCCAAUCGUGCCACGACCCGCUCCCAGACCCAAUGACUACCUGUCCUGGGGCAGCUCACCAUCAUACAGUGCCAUGGCAACUUAUUCUCCAUCAUGUGCUAACAACAACACGGCCCAGGGCAUGAAUAUGGCCAACAGUAUCGCCAACCUGAGACUGAAGGCCAAAGAAUACAGCCUCAACCAGGUACCCACUGUCAACUGAAGUGGACAGCGGGGCUGUCAUUGACUCUAUAGCACAUGUCAGAGAACAACUCCCAAAGUCCCAACAAAGGCUUGGUGUCGCUGACCUAGUAGUAUUGACAUUAAUGUUUUUUUCUGCCCUAUUAUAUGUGUCUUUACUCUAAUCCAUCAUCUCUCAAAGGAAAGGAAGCGAAUAGAACUUCUCCAAAGUACAGAGCUUUCCUAAAGCAAUGAUUUACACAAUGCUGUUAUGUUCUUGGCAUGUGGGGAAAUGACAUGUGGGAAAAUUCAAUUUUUUGGACAACACAAAAUGGAAGUUCGCACUCACUGUGGCAGCAUGAGUGUGGUCAUCUCUUUGGAAGAGGGUGGCUUACUGUAGAUUUUCUCGGGACUGCUGGCCACCGCAUUUGAUGACCACUGAGGAAUUCACAUACGACAAUCUUGUGGACAUCAGGGAGGUUUUAGGAUUUCCCCUUGAUUCCUUCUGGGACUUCAUGACCAUGCACUGAGGCCACAAAAUUGAGAUUUGGAUAUUUUGAUUACUUGGAACUGGGUAAAAAUUUGUUCCUUCAUAAAAAAUAAAAAAAACAAACAAACAAAAAAAAAAACAUUGUUUUCAGUUUAUAUCAAUGUGAUGCACUGGUUAUUUGUUCAUUUUUGUCAAAUAAAGAAGUGUAGCCAUGUUACAUAUACAAUAUAAGUAAUUUUAAACUUUGACAUCUCUACCAUGAGUCUGGAGCCUAUUUUACCCAUUUAUAUUGUCUAAAUAUAUCUAAACAUGUUAUAUUCCUUUGCAAUAAAAAUGUCCUUGCAAUGUAA